AUGUCUCAACAACAAAAGCCCGGCAUGACAGCCGAUGAAUUCCGGAAGGCUGCUCACGCCGCCAUCGAAGAGAUCAUAUCCUACAACGAAAACAUUGCGCAAUAUCGCGUGCUACCCACAGUGAAGCCAGGGUAUCUUGCUCCCCAGCUACCAGAUUCAGCACCUGAGACCCCGGAAUCAUGGGAGAAUAUUCAGCCAGACAUUGCCGACAAGAUCAUCCCCGGUCUAACCCAUUGGCAGUCUCCAAACUUCAUGGCAUAUUUCCCUGGCUGUUCCACGUACCCGUCUCUGCUUGGAGAGAUGUAUUCCGCUGCCUUCAGCGCCCCGGCUUUCAACUGGCUGUGUAGCCCCGUUUGCACCGAGCUUGAGACCGUUGUGCUAGAUUGGGUCGCAAAAGGGCUAUCUCUCCCUUCGUCGUACUACUCAGAUUCGCCGUCGGGAGGGGGUGGUGUUAUCCAGGGAUCGGCUUCUGAGGCUGUCGUAACUUGUAUGGUCGCUGCCCGGGAACGAUAUCUGCAUGCAAAGUGCGAUGCUGAGGGCCUCGAGAAUCCUUCUUCGGAACGUGACGCCCGAAUUGCCAGCUUGCGUCCAAAGCUUGUAGCUUUAUCCUCGGACCAGGCACACUCUUCGACCAUGAAGGGGGCCAACAUUGCAGGCACCUUGCACUUUUCGAUUGUCACAUCACGAGAGAAUGCUCUUGCUGUUACGGGCACCGACUUGACCCACGCUCUGGAGAAGGUCCGGGCUGAGGGCUUAGAGCCUUACUACAUCACCCUCUCGAUCGGAUCGACUUCCACCUGCGCGAUUGACGAUUUCGAAUCUCUCAAGCCCAUCUUCGACCGACCCGAAAAUGCCCAGAUCUGGAAACAUAUCGACGCCGCAUAUGCUGGUGCUGCCAUGUUCUUACCAGAGUACGCCAAGUCCUUGGCCCCGUUCACCGCCAUGGUAGACUCUUUCAACACGAAUUUUCACAAAUGGCUUCUCGUCAACUUCGACGCCUCUUGUCUUUUCGUCCAAAACCGCAAUCACCUGACACGAGCUCUGUCAAUCUCCGCACCAUACUACCAAAACAAACACUCCGACUCAGGUCUCGUCACCGAUUAUCGCGAUUGGCAGAUCCCGCUUGGCAGACGAUUCCGAGCACUCAAGAUCUGGUUCGUGAUGCGCUCCUACGGGCUCUCGGGGAUACGCGAGCAUCUCACCCACACGUGCAAGCUCGGAGAGUUGUUUGCGGACCUGGUACGCUCCAGGUCUGACUUGUUUGAGAUCGUUGCCGAGCCGCGGUUUGCGCUUACAUGUUUCCGGGUUACGCCCAGCGCCCUGGCCGCACCUACGACUUCUGCUCUUACUAACGGGAGCGCCUCUGAGGCUGAGGUAAAUUCUAUAACACGUCAAAUAACAGACCGCAUUAAUGCUGAAGGCACCAUCCAUAUCAUUGGUAGCAGUGCGGCGGGUCAGACGUUCAUGAGAGUUGUCAGUGCCAACUCGAAUGCCCAAGAGAAAUACGUUAGAGGGGCAUUUGAUAUCAUUGUGAAAAUUACAGAGGAGGCAUUGAAGGAGAGAGGAGAAUAG